GGGCUGGGAGGCUGGAGCAGGACAACCAGGGCUGGGGGAGGAGGGUAUUCUGUGACCCCCCGCCCCCGGGGGUGCGACUCCUGGGACCGGCCCUGGGUGCUCCCAGGACAGCAGUCAGCUGUGCAGCGAGUGGGCUUCUGGCCGGGAGCCACUCAGAAAAGAGAGGGAGGAGCAAGAGGAAGCAGGGGGGCUGGGGCCGAAGGACGGCUCAGGCUGGAGAGCCUUGCUCCCAGGUCCGGGCGAAGGCAGCCCGAGGGGCGCCACACAAGACCUAGGAGGAGAGUCUGAGUUCGGGAUGGGCCAGGGAGAAGGGGAUGAGCCUGCCAAGGACCUCUGCGUCUCUUCAGGGGAGCAGGAUGUACCAGGAGGGUUUGGGAUCCGUGUCCGAGUUUGUGACUACAGACCUUUUGAUAAUUUGAGAAUGUUCCUCCAUUCUCCGAAUAGUAGCCUGGAGUUCUAGUGGGUGUGUUGGGCCUUCUAACUCUUUAGUGAGUGAGCAUCUUUAGCACUGAUGGCAGAGUCUGAGAUCGCGGGUGUCUAAAGGCCUGCGUCUGAAAAUGUGACUGUCCAGUGCCCUCCAUUUCUCCCCAGGCCCCCAGGCUUCACCGCCCCCCUUGUUUUUCCUGCUCAGAUAGGGGCCCGUGUACCGGGCGCGGGGGUGGGGGUGGAGUGCGCCGUGGUCGACCAACCGGUGUAUGUGCUCAGUAUCACCCACCUCCGGCCCUCUUCUGUCCUCCACAGGCCUCCACCGGGAACGCUGAAUUUGCACCUACUCGGUCUCGCGGAAUUCGGACCCCACUGCAUGUGGCUCUUGGAGAAAGCCGGCUACCGGCUGGGGCCCCCGGAGUCCAGGCCCCGAUGGGCGCCGUCCAGCCUGCUCCCUAAGCGCCGAGCCCCGGGCCCGCCCGCGCGCGCCUGCCCCAACGUCCUCACUCCCGAUCGCAUCCCGCAGUUCUGCAUCCCGCCUCGGCUCCCGGACGUCGGGGGCGCCGAGUCCCCGGCCGGGCGCAGCCUCCCCGCGGCCUGUUCGCUGCCGCACCUGGCGGGCCGCGAAGGCUGGGCCUUCCUGCCCGAGAGCCCGCACACGCGCCGCCGCGAGUCCCUGUUCCACCGCUGCGUGGUGCUGACGCUGCGGCCGCGCGUCCGGCCACGGGGCCAACGGAGCUGCGUGGUCAAAUGCAGCGCCAACCCCAUCUUCAACGAGGACUUCUUCUUCGACGGGCUGGGCCCGCCAGACCUGGCCGCCCGCAGUCUGAGGGCCAAGGUGCUGGACAGGGGCGCAGGCUUCCGCAGAGACGUGCUGCUGGGGGAGUGUGAGACGCCCCUCACUGCCCUGCUGCCCCCCUUGGGUGGGGGGCUAGGUCCAGGGACCUCCCUGGCGCCUGCCCAUCUCAGCCUGUAGACUGGGAGACUGUCUCUUCCUCAGAGAGGUCUUCGUUCUUUUCACCU